AUGGUAUUAAAGUACUACCAGCACAACCUAGCAUUGGCCUUUGCCAUAAAUGAGAUCAAUGAGAACCCCAAGAUCUUGCCGAAUAUCACCCUUGGGUUCCACAUCUAUGACAGCUACUUUGAUAUGAAAAUGACCUACCGUAACACUCUGGACCUGCUCUUCAAAUCACAGAGAUUUCUUCCUAAUUACAAAUGUGACAUCCAGAAAAAUGUAAUAGCUAGCAUUGGAGGACUUGGUGCUGAUAUCUCCUUCCAUAUGGCAGACAUCUUAGGACUCUACAAAAUUCCACAGAUCACAUAUGGCUCAUUUCCCUUGAAGGAGAGGGAUGCAACAGAGUUUCCUUCCUUCUACCGCAUGGUCCCAAAUGAAAACCAACAGUAUACAGGAAUCACCCAAUUACUGAUCCAUUUUGGAUGGACGUGGGUUGGCCUCCUUGCUGCAGAUGAUGAUGUUGGGGAGCAUUUCUUGAAGACCCUUGAGCCAUUGCUUUUCCAAAGUGGAAUCUGUUCAGCCUUCACAGAGAGAAUAGUAAACCAAGCAAAAUGGGAUUCCUGGGGGGACAUUAUUAAUUUAGUCAAAGAUAUAUAUCAACCUUUUGAAGAUAGAAAAGUCAAUACACUUAUCCUCUAUGGAGGACCUUUAACCAUCCUAUCACUGAAUACGCUGAUCUUUUUAGGAAAUCCUGCAUAUGGGGGAAAUAGAUCAUUGAGCAAAGUGUGGAUUUUGACAGCUCAAGUUGAUUUCAUGUUAUCCGGAGCUCAAAGGAAUUGGAAUUUUGAUGUGUUCCAUGGUGCCAUAUCUUUCACAAUUCACUCAAAUGAGUUUCCACAGUUCAAGAAAUAUCUUCAUGGCAUGAGACCUUAUCAGGAAAAACAAAAUGGUUUCAUCAAGGAAUUUUGGGAGCAAGUGUUUGACUGUUCAUUUCCAAAUCUCCAUGGACCAAUGGAGGUCAAUGACAUAUGCACUGGAGAUGAGAAACCAGAGAGUCUUCCUGGGCUUCUUUUUGAAAUGCAGAUGACUGGCCACAGCUACAGUGUCUAUAGUGCUGUCUAUGCCAUAGCUCAUGUUUUGAACACCAUGACUACAUCUAAUUCCAUGACUGGGAAAAGUGUUAGACUCCAAGAUAUCCAGCCUUGGCAGCUCCACUCAUUUCUUCAAGCCAUCUCAUUCAACAACUCUGCUGGAGAAACAGUGCAUUUUAAUGUCAACAAGGAAAUAGAAACUGGAUUUGACAUCAUGAACAUGGUCACAUUCCCAAAUAGGUCCUUCCUGAGAGUCAAAGUUGGAAGGGUUGAUUCCUCUGCUCCCAAAGGGAAACAAUUCAUUAUUCAUGAGGAUGUGAUUGUGUGGCAAAGUAUUUUUAAUGAAGGCCCUCCUCUUUCUGAGUGCAACGCUCACUGUCCUCCUGGUUCUCAGAAGAAAAAGAAGGAAGGGGAGAAAUUUUGCUGUUAUAAUUGUGUUCCUUGCCCAGAAGGGAAGGUUUCAAGCCAUAAGGAUAUGGUUGACUGUGUAAAAUGCCCAGAAGACCAUUAUCCAAGCAGGUACCAAGAUGGAUGCAUCCCCAAAGCUAUAAGCUUCUUGUCAUUUGAAGAACCUUUAGGGAUCAGUUUAGCUUUAUUAGCUGUGUCUUUUUCCCUUAUCACACUUUCAAUAUUAACAACUUUCAUUAAGCACAGAGAUACGCCCAUUGUCAAAGCCAAUAAUCGAGAUAUCACGUAUGCUCUCCUUGUCUCUCUCCUGCUCUGCUUCCUCUGUUCUUUGCUGUUCCUUGGAGAACCAAGCAAGGUGACCUGCUUCAUCCGACAAACCACUUUUGGCAUCAUCUUCUCAGUGGCUGUUUCUUGUGUGUUGGCCAAAACCAUCACCGUGAUUGUGGCUUUCAUGGCCACCAAACCAGGACCAAGCAUGAGGAGAUGGGUGGGGAAAAAACUGACUAAUUCCAUUGUACUGUUCUGCUCCCUUAUUCAAGAGGCCAUUUGCAUAGUGUGGCUAGGAACUUCCCCUCCAUUCCCCGAUUUUGACAUGGAGUCUCUGACUGAAGAGAUCAUAGCAGAAUGUAAUGAAGGGUCCACAAUCCUGUUUUACAUUGUUCUGGGCUACCUAGGACUUCUGUCCAUCAUAAGCUUGACUGUGGCUUUCCUAGCCAGGAAACUGCCAGACAGUUUCAAUGAAUCCAAAUUUAUCACCUUCAGCAUGCUGACAUUUUGCAGUGUUUGGUUGUCUUUUGUUCCCACCUACCUCAGCACAAAAGGGAAAUACAUGGUAGCUGUGGAGAUCUUCUCUAUUUUGGCAUCCAGUGCUGGGCUACUGGCUUGUAUCUUUUUCCCCAAAUGUUAUAUUAUUGUGUUCCGGCCCGAGCAAAAUAACAAAGAAUGUCUAAUUAGAAGAAAAAAUUAA